AUGGUGAGCAUACACGCAAAAUUGCCCGAUACCGAUCAUUCUUCCGAUAUCGCUCAUCCACCAGCUACCACAGGUAUCAGGUUCUGGGCGUCGAGAAACUCCUGCUGCCCCAUCGCUAGAAAGCCACGAGGCCUGUUUGGCUACGGUCAAGACCCUGGAGCAGGAGAAUGA